AUGGAGCAAGAGGGACCCUGCAUGGUACCUCUAGUCAAGGUGCUGAAUAAGGAAGGACAAGCCCACCUGUCGGCCAUGCAGCUUGUGAAGGUCCUAAAGAAGGGGGAGCCGAAUUUCGUAGCCACCAUUGCGAGCUUGGAUGAAGGCAAUGGUGCUAAGGAGACAUUGCCACCUUGCAUAGAGAAGGUGCUUGAAGAAAACAGAGACGUGAUGCCCGAAGAGUUGCCAAGACACCUACCUCUGAGGUGCGAGGUAGACCACAAGAUCGAGCUGGAGCCAGGAGCGAGGCCGCCCGGAUACCCUCCAUACCACAUGGCUCCACCCGAGUUAGAGGAGCUGAGGAAGCAGUUGGAGGAGCUCCUCGAGGCUGGACAUAUCCAUCCAUCUAAGGCACCUUAUGGCGCGCCGGUCCAGGGAGAGCUACGAAUGGACGAGGUAAAAGUUCGGGCCAUUAAAGAGUGGGAGGCGCCCACAAAGGUAACUGAACUUAGAUUUUUUCUUGGACUUGCUAACUAUUACCGCAGGUUCAUAAGCGCUUACUCCGCCAGAGCCGCCUCACUUACUGAGUUAUUGAAGAAGAAUAAGUUGUGGGUUUGGAGCGAGGAGUGCAAGGAGUCCUUUGAAGACCUCAAGGCUGCCGUAACAGAGGAGCCGGUCCUAGCAUUGCUUGACUUCUCCAAGACAUUCGAAAUGCAUACAGAUGCCUCCGACUAUGCCAUUGGGGGAGUAUUGAUGCAAGAGAGACACCCUAUCGCCUUCGAAAGCCGUAAGCUGAACGAGACAGAAUGGCACUACUUCCAGUCACAAAAGAAACUCCACCCGAAGCAAGCUAGAUGGCAAGACUUCUUGGCCGAAUUUGACUACAAGCUGGAGUACAAGCUGGGCAAAGGCAAUAUUGUGGCUGAUGCCCUUAGCAGGAAGUUCGAAUUGGCGGCCAUCACCACAGCACAUUGUGACAUCCUGGAUGCAAUCAAGGAUGGUCUGCAGUAUAAUCUAGAGGCAAAGAGGCUUAUGGAGUUAGCCGCUCAAGGCAAGACAAGGCGCUUCUGGGUUGAAGAUGGACUCCUGCUCACCGCCGGGUGA